AUGAUAAUAAUAGAUGACAACUCUGACGACGAGGAUGACGACGAAGGCGAUGAUCCUGGCAUAGAAAAUAUGACCAUAAUACUUGGCAAUAUGCUUGGGGAAGAUCCUGGAAGUGUUGAACCGCAGGUAUCAAACACACCAUAUAUUUCACAGCAGAGUAUCACCUUUGCCACCCCAUAA